UUGAGCAAAUCACGUGACAGCCAAGGUCACCAGGUCAGCACCGUGUGUGUGUGCGGUGUUGAGGCAAAUAAACUGGUUCUGUGUGGGAGAGAGAGAGGUUUUAACCCUCACUUCUCUCUGUAUUAAAAGACCAUACAAACCCUCCCAUGGCUCUCACCUCUUACGGUCCCUUAAUUGGGGCCAUAGACCAAGGAACCAGUAGUACUCGUGUUCUGAUCUUUGCAAGUAAAACCGGAGAGUUGAUAACAUAUCAUCAAGUGGACGUCAAGUUGAUUUACCCUAAAGAAGGCUGGGUGGAGCAGAGUCCCACUGAAAUAUUGCAGUCUGUAAUUACAUGUUUGUCUAAAGCAGUUGAAAACCUGAAAGCCUUGAAUAUAAAUGUUGCUGAUUUAAAAGCAAUUGGCAUUACGAAUCAACGAGAAACAACCAUUCUCUGGGACAAGUUGACUGGUAAACCUCUCUUCAAUGCCAUUGUCUGGCUGGAUAUGAGGACAUCUGCUACGGUGAACAAAUUAUUAGCAAACAUCCCAGACAAUGACAAAGAUGUCUUAAGGCCUCAGUGUGGUCUGCCUGUUACAACGUACUUCAGUGCUCUCAAAAUCCGAUGGUUGCUUGACAAUGUUCCAGAAGUUAAAGCUGCUCUCAAAGAAAAACGAUGUCUCUUUGGCACAGUUGAUUCUUGGUUGCUUUGGAACCUGACCGGAGGAGUGAAAGAUGGGAAACACUUGACGGACGUCACCAAUGCCAGCCGAACAAUGUUGAUGAACAUACAUGCCCUUCGCUGGGACGAAAAACUCUGCAGUUUCUUUGAUAUUCCAAUGUCAAUCCUGCCAGAGAUCCAUUCUUCCUCUGAAAUAUUCGGUUAUAUCAACGAUGGUCCAUUAAAAGACAUACCAAUAUCUGGGAUCUUGGGAGACCAGCAGGCAGCCCUUGUUGGUCAAAUGUGCUUUAAACAGGGAGAUGCUAAAAACACAUACGGAACUGGUUGCUUUCUGCUCUACAAUACAGGUUCACAGCCUGUGGAAUCAAAACAUGGACUAUUAACAACUGUUGCCUAUCAGAUGGGGAAAAAGAAACCAGUUACUUAUGCACUUGAAGGUGCCAUAGCUAUUGCUGGGGCCUGCGUACAGUGGCUACGAGAUAAUCUUGGAGUUAUCAAAGAAUCAGCAGAAAUUGAACACCUAGCAAACCAAGUUGACGGCACCCAUGGCUGCUACUUUGUCCCAGCGUUCUCAGGCCUUUUCUGUCCACAUUGGAAGCCUGAUGCUCGUGGAAUCAUCUGCGGCCUGACUCAGUUCACCAAUAAAUUCCAUAUUUCCAGAGCUGUUCUUGAAGCUAUAUGUUUCCAAACUAGAGAGUUAUUGGAUGCAAUGAACCAUGACAGUGGCAUCGCUUUGAAGUCCUUACAGGUCGACGGUGGAAUGUCCGUCAAUUCUUUGCUUAUGCAAUUACAAGCUGAUCUCCUGGGAAUCAGUGUUGUGAGACCCUCCAUGCCUGAAACAACAGCUUUGGGAGCUGCGAUGGCUGCAGGUUGUGCUGAAGAAAUCAAUGUUUGGAACAUGGAUCCAACCAAAUACCCCAAGACUAUAACCGAUACUUUUCUACCAAGCAUAUCAGCAACCGGUAACUCAACCGUUUCUAUUUUCCUCUCACAAAUUAUCUUCAAAUUCAUUUGUUUUUUGUUUUUUUUUAAUUAAAACUACUUCUUUUGA